CCCACGCUGACUCUGACUCUCAGUGCGCUGUAGAGAGAGGAGCGAGGUGCACACGUUGAGCGCGGCAACUCUACAGGGGGGUGGGAGUGAGCGAGCAGCAGACACAGCAGCCGCUACGAGCCAGCAUUUCCACGGCACGCGCGCAGCCAGGAGAAGGAGAGCCGAAGACGAAAGAAGAAGAGAAGAGGAGGAGAACUAAAAGGGGCAAAUUAACUCCCCGCCGCCGCGCCGGGGCUCCGUACCGCCACAGAGAGAGACACACAGCGAGGGACAAGACAGUGACAGAGAGAGAUACAGAGUGGGAGAGAGAGAGAGGUAUACAGAGAGAGAGAGAGAGAGGAGAAGAGGAGGAGGCAGAGGCAGAAGCUUCCGUCUGUGGUUGAAGCAGCAGCGAGCGGAUCAGUGUCUCUACAACCCACAGAACCUGGAUAGUUUUGCGCUUCUGACUCGUGCGUAUUUGUGCUCUUUCUGGCUGUCCCGUUCCCUCUGUGUGUGUGUGUGCGCGCGCAGGAGUUUUUAAGGAUUUUCAAGUGGCAGCUACACCAAAAAGGACAAGAGGACAGAGACAGUAUUUCAUCCUCUGCUGUGGCAUUUGCUUUUUUGGGUUUAUUUUUUGUCUUUAGUGAGUGGUAAUUGUCCUGGUCGAGGGAUCUGCCGUCUGGGAAUCGCUUGUUGUUCUCUCACUAUGGAUGGAUUUAAGAGAGUGAAGUGAGAGAGCUGGACAGGCAGCAACACUGACUGAGCGUCUUCUGUUCUGGACUCGCUGCUCAGACUCUGGGGGCUCUGCCAUGUCCUGGUUGUUGGCAGUGUGGAUAAGCCUGGGCUUCCUACUGGCGUGCCAGGCCACGCUCUACCAGACCAUCCAGCAGCACCAUGUGGCCCGUCCCGGCCGCACCGACAUCCUCACGCUCGAGGGAGGGACGUGUGAGGUGAUCGCAGCCCAUCGGUGCUGUAACAAGAACCGCAUCGAAGAGCGCUCCCAGACCGUUAAGUGCUCCUGUUUGCCGGGAAAAGUGGCCGGAACGACGCGCAACAAGCCUUCAUGCGUUGACGCAUCCAUUGUGAUCGGGAAGUGGUGGUGUGAGAUGGAGCCGUGCCUGGAGGGAGAAGAGUGCAAGACUCUGCCUGACAACUCUGGAUGGAUGUGCUCCUCUGGAAACAAAAUCAAGACCACGAGGAACACCCAGCCAUACUCUCCUUUUUAGCUUCCUGAAGCAAAAUGCAGAGGAUGCUACAACAGAAAUUGAGCUGCAUUCUUGCUUCUGUAAAGAUUCAUCCCGGGACCUAACGGACAGCGCUACACGUUGAUCACCGUGCCAGCCCCCCCCCCCCUACCGCCCUCCAACCCUCAGACCCUCGGAC